UGGAAGGGUGUCUGGUAGCAGCAUGAGAGGCUCAUGUUAGGUCUUUCCUGGGCUGGAUUCUGCAAUACUAGUGUCUGAGCAGCAUCGUCAGAUGGAAUGUCCGGUCCUGGAAUAUCAUGUAUAAAUGGACAGGAUGUGGUCUCCGCUUGCCAGAAGAGAUAGAGCUGAGAGGGGAAAUCUGUGACAAGGCCAUGGCUGACGAAAGCCAGGAGAUGGGUGGCAUCCAUUUUCCUUUCCCCUUCCCACCCUAUCCUAUCCAGAAGGACUUCAUGGCGGAGCUCUACAAGGUUUUGGAGGCUGGCAAGAUUGGGAUCUUCGAGAGUCCAACUGGCACAGGCAAGUCCUUAAGUCUCCUUUGUGGGGCCCUCUCCUGGCUCCGUGACUUUGAACAGAAGAGAUUACAGGCAGAGGCUCGUCUCCUUGCACCUGGGACUGGCCCCACCUGUGGUGGGCAGAACUCGCUCCCAUCUUCCUCAUCUUGCCAAGAGCCCUCUGACACCCCGAGGCCUGGCAGAGAACCUGACUGGGUCACUGAAUUUGUUCAGAAGAAGGAAGAAAGGGACCUGGUGGAGAGGCUGAAGGAGGAGCAGGUGAAGAGAAGGAAGCAAGAGGAGCGUCUGCAGCAGGUCUGCCAGGACGGAAGAAGGUUCAGGUUUGCAGCUAAGCACAUGAAGAAGGAGGAAGAGGAGACCGAGACUCUCCUGUGCCUCAGCAGGGAGAUGCUGGCUGAAGGGACCUGGCCAGAACACCUGGAGCAGCUGGCAUGCAGGGAGGAGGAGCUGGUUCUGGCAGAAGUGGAUGAGGAGGAUGAGGAUGACUUGGAGGAAGAACAUAUAACCAAGCUUUAUUACUGCAGUCGGACACACUCACAGCUGGCCCAGUUCAUACAGGAAGUAUGGAAGAGCCCUUUUGGCAAGGAAACCUGGCUAGUCUCUCUUGGCUCUCGGCAGAACCUUUGUGUGAAUGAAGAUAUGAAAAGCCUGGGUUCUGUGCAACUUAUGAAUGACCGCUGUGUGGACAUGCAGAGAAGCAAACACGAGAAGAACGGAGCCGGGGAAGACAAGCCAAAGAGAAGGAGACAGAAAAUCCAGACCUCUUGCCCAUUCCAUAACCAUGAGCAGAUGCAGCUUCUCCGGGAUGAGAUUCUGUUGGAGGUGAAGGACAUGGAGCAGCUUGUGGCCCUUGGGAAGGAGGCACGGGCCUGCCCCUAUUACGGAAGCCGCUUUGCCAUCACUGCAGCCCAGUUAGUGGUGCUACCUUACCCAAUGCUGUUGCAUGCAGACACCAGACAGGCUGCAGGGAUCAGGCUACAAAGGCCAAGUGUCAUCAUCGAUGAGGCGCACAACCUGAUCGACACCAUCACCAACAUCUACAGCACAGAGGUCACUGGUUCGCAGGUGUGUCUGCCUCUUUCAUCUUGGGCAGAUUGACAUAGGUCAAUCCUUUAAAUGCCUGGGCCAGGAAUUCCUCUGGAUGUUGGGCUUGGUAGAGGCUGAGCUGAACCAAAACCUGUUCAUCAGCGAGUGUGAGGUUCUUGGUACCCAGCUUGAGCAGAGUGGCAUUUUCUGUCUACAGCUAUCCUUCAACCAGCAUGCUGCUAACUAGUUCUCUGUCAGUACAAGGGUGGCAUCGGGACCAGGAGUCUCAC